UCUAACUGCACACUCGUCCGUCGUCUUCCUCCAGCCUUUUUUUCUCUCCCUAUUUAUGAAAACGUCACUUCAAGUCCCUCCCUUUUUGAAUCUCAUUAGUUUCUUGUGUGUUUCUCCCUGUCAAUAAUCCUGAAUCCAGACUCUCUCUAUUUCCAUCCCUCUCUAUCUGUCAAUCAGCGCCGCCUUUGAACUGAAAACCACUCCGACCAACUUCAACUCACUCAAUCCGAGCGGCUCAGCUCCAUCUCCGGCUUCUUUUUCUGCCAAGGUUCCCCUCUUUUUAGUUUGUAUAAACCGCCAGUGCUUGGAAAACGCCAAUACAGACUCUAAACUUUAACUCGGAUUCUAGAUCACCAAGAUCAAGGGUUUAAAACUUUGUGUUUUUGCCCCCCAAAAUUGCUCGGGAAAAUGCCGCAGCUCAACGGCGGUGGAGGGGACGAUUUGGGUGCGAACGAUGAAAUGAUUUCCUUCAAAGACGAAGGGGAGCAGGAGGAAAAAAUUUCGGAGAACUUAUCGGCAGAAAGGGAUUUAGCAGAUGUCAAAUCUUCUCUUGUAAAUGAAUCAGAAACAAAUCAAAACAGCUCGUCAGAUUCGGAGGCGGAAAGACGGCCUCCGCCUAGGUCUGAAACUUUCAGAGACAAAACAAGAGAAAGUUUAGAGGAGGCUGCGAAAAGGCAAGAUGGAGGGCUGUUCAAGAGCCCACCGUACCCGGGCUAUCCAUUUAUAAUGAUCCCCGAUCUUACAAGCCCGUACCUUCCGAAUGGAUCACUUUCUCCAACAGCUCGCACAUACCUACAGAUGAAAUGGCCCUUGCUAGAUGUUAACCACGGAAGUCUUCAAAGUAGACAAGCACUUAAAGAUGCCCGGUCCCCGUCACCAGCACACAUUGUUGGGCCCUUCUGCUUGGAAUUCCCCGGACAGUCAGAUCUGAGCCUUCACCAAUUUCAGUUGUCUAAUAAAGUCCCAGUGGUACAGCACCCUCACCACGUGCACCCGCUCACGCCUCUGAUCACCUACAGCAAUGAGCACUUCACACCGGGCAACCCCCCUCCGCACCUACAGGGAGACGUGGACCCCAAAACAGGAAUUCCAAGGCCUCCACAACACCCAGACAUAUCUCCCUAUUACCCUCUAUCGCCUGGCUCUGUAGGGCAGCUCCCCCAUCCGCUAGGCUGGUUAGUACCACAGCAAGGUCAACCUGUUUACCCAAUCACGACAGGGGGUUUUAGACACCCCUACCCGACUGCACUCACUGUCAAUGCAUCCAUGCAAAGUUUUCUGUCCUCCAGGUUCCCACACCACAUGGUCCCCCCUCACCACAGUUUGCACCAGACCGGCAUCCCCCACCCUGCCAUCGUCACGCCCAACGUCAAGCAGGAGUCCUCCCACAGCGACAUAGGCCUCAACAGCUCGAAACACCAGGACUCGAAAAAGGAGGACGAGAAGAAGAAGCAGCCUCACAUAAAGAAGCCGCUGAACGCCUUCAUGCUCUACAUGAAGGAGAUGAGGGCCAAGGUGGUGGCCGAGUGCACGUUGAAAGAGAGCGCCGCCAUCAACCAGAUCCUGGGACGAAGGUGGCACGCCCUAACACGAGAGGAGCAGGCGAAAUACUACGAGCUGGCCCGGAAAGAGCGACAGCUUCACAUGCAGCUCUACCCCGGCUGGUCAGCACGAGAUAACUAUGCGGGUAACCAACAGGGCAAAAAGAAGAAGAGAAAAAGGGAUAAGCAGCCAGGAGAGGGCAAUGAACACAGAGAAUAUUUUCCAAACCCUUGCCUUUCACUCCCUCCGAUUACAGACCUGAGCGCUCCUAAGAAGUGUCGAGCGCGCUUUGGGCUUGAUCAGCAGAAUAACUGGUGUGGCCCGUGCAGGAGAAAAAAAAAGUGCAUUCGCUACAUCCAAGGUGAAGGCAGCUGUGCCAGUCCUCCCUCUUCGGACGGAAGCUUACUAGACUCCCCCCCAUCCUCCCCCUCCUCGGUGGCCCCCUCCCCCUCCUCGAAAGAGUCCAAACCUCAGACUGAACAAAUGCAACCUCUCUCACUGACUAUGAAACCGGCCCACCAGCCUCUCCACCACCCGCACCUCCUGGCUGGGCAUCCUCCUCCGCCAUCUUUGGUUCUGCUGGAAAACUCUGCUGCUGCAGCGGGUAAAAUGCCUGGCGCAGCCCACAACGGAGCCCAUGACCACGGCAAUGUCUCGUCCUCGCGGCAACCGGGCUCCUCAGGCGCCUCCCUGGCCAGGCCCUCGGCAGCAUCGCUGUGUCAUUCCCACUCGCUACACCCCAACUCCACGGCCCCUCAGCCUCUGUCGCUCGUGACCAAGUCUAUAGAGUAGCCUCCCUCCUUAUUCACUCCUGUCCUUCCUUCCUAUUUUUCUAGCUCUGCACACCUCUAUUCGGGCCCUCUUUCUUUUCUAUCUUUUUGUCUAUUUCUGUGCCAUAAGGCUUUGAAAAUUAGUUAUUGUUUUAUCAAAGUUCAUUGGUCAAUAUUUGACCCAUCAUUAUCAAAAAAAUAUAUAUAAUUAUUAUAAUGAAUGAAUAAUACAAAGAGCUGUAGAGUAUAGCUUUGGGAAUCUGCCAACAUUUUCUUAACUUUUAUUUUUUUUAUUUUUUAUUUUGUAGUGUUAAACAGUGCAACAGAAAAUUGUUAUGUAGUUCCACUUAAACAUGUUUAAAUGACAGAUAUAAAAAGGUAGGUUAGAUGAUUAUUCAAUGAGCCCUUUUCUUGAAAGAGUUGGUUCUCCUUCAUUAUUUGUAUUAAAUACGAGCUUGCGAACCAAUCAUUUGAUACCCGUACAAACCCUGGAGGGCAUGAGGAUCGUGGAGACACCUCUCUUACUGAGGAACAACUUUAAUUGUGAUGUUACUUGUUCUUCUUUAAAUGUACAGAAAUAUUGGUGUGUGUGGGGGGGGGGGGGUAUUGUUUUAA